GUUUCUAUCUCCCAUCUUGCAGAAAGAAUUUCUGUGCUUUGCCUCAGAGGAAGAAGAAGGGGCAGGAGACAAGAGGACAAGGAAGGUCAGAGAGAAACUUUGCUUCUUAGGCUGUUUCUGAGUCCUUCACAUUGGGCUACUGAGCCCAGCAGUACAGAGUAAAAAUUUGCUCUGAUUUCAAGGAGCUUAUAGAGAGGGAAGAUAAAUUACACAAAUAAUUAUUAGAGUCCAUAGAACACGUAAAGGGAAUAGUGCAAAUAACUACUCAAAGAUUUAAGAAGGAGACUUCCCUUUGGGAAAUGUUUCCCAAAUGAGGUGGCAUUUAGACUACCCAUAAAGAAGCUAUGUGUAGAUAUUGGAAAAUGGGAUAAAAUACCAUGAACAUGGUGAGAGUGGGACUUUGCUCAACUGUAGAAUGGACUGUAGGGAGAAGAAUGGAAAAAUAGAUUAGGGUCGAAUUAUAGCCACCUUGAAUGCCAAAUUGAGAAAUUUGAAUUUAAUCCAGCAAGCAAAGAGGAUUUUAAGCAAAGGAGAAAUGUGUUUAGACUGGUACUUUAGAAAAUUAAUGUAAUGUUGAUGUGAAAAACUAGAAGUAAAGGCAGUCAACAGACUUCCAAAGUUGUCCUGACAACAAGGGGUAAAAAGAACAGUCUUUGCUGAUGUAGAAAACAAGUAGAUUUAUGAAACACAGCCAGAGUAAAAAUCACAGGGUUUGGCAGCUGAUUGGAUGCAGGAAGAGAAAAAAAUAAGAGGAAUUAAAGAUGGUUCUUGAAUUAUAGGCCCCAGCAACUGGAUAAAGAUGGUACCAAUGGCAGGAAAUGAGAAAUCUGGAGAAGGAACAGAUUUUUGAGGGAAAGGCACUGAAUUCUGUCUUAAACUUUCUGAUUUAGAAAGAACCUGGUAAUAUUUGAUGGAAGGAUAAGCCUCUCAAAGUUGGAGAUCCUGAAUUAUUCAUCUUUUCUAGGUGCCGAGUAGAUGCUAUAUGAAUUGAAUGAACAAAUGAAUGAAUGUAUCAGUAGCUAGGUGUUAUUUAGCAUGUGGGUCUGAAACUGGAGACAAGCAAGAACUAAAGAUUUGGAUGUUCUUGGUGGGAAAGUGCUUGUUGAGGUCAUGGAGAGUGGGUCUAGACAAAGCCUAUGGGGAGAAUCUUAAGGAAUGCCUAUAUUAAGGGAACAGGAGAAGAAAAGCAAUCCAUCAAAGGAGGCAGAAAAGCAAAUGGAGAAAUAGGAGAAAAGUCAGAUAAUUUAGUGUCCAGUGCAAAUGGAGGUGAGUUUCAAGAACAAAGUGAUUAUUGGAGCCCAAUGUGGCCAAUAGAGCGGAACCUGGGAAAAGACUAUUGAGGUAGAAGCUCUGAGACAGAUAGUAAUCAAUUCUGUAGCCCCUCAGGCUGAACUCCUCAGGGUUAGAAGAUAUGAAAGGAAGUGGAGACUUUGCAACUAAGGAUAGAGCGAAGUCAAGAGCUCAGGCCUGGUUAGUUGGUAUUUUUAGAAUAGGUAAGAACUGAACAAUAAAGAGGAAAAGACUGAAGGAAAUAGAAAAAAAUACCAAAAAAGAUGAUAUACAUACACAGUGAAAUGAUAUUCAGCCUUUAAAAAAGAGGAAAUCCUGUAAUUGACCACAACAUCCCUGGUUCUUGAGUAUACAAUGUUAAAUGAAAGGCGCUGAGUCAGAAAUGCGGCCUGCUCUCACUAAUAAUAGAAUCCAAAAAAGUUGAUCUCAUAGAAAGUAGAGAGUACUAUGGGGAUUAGCAGAGACUGGGUGAUGUUGAUCAAUAGAUAGAAAAUUUUAGUUGGACUAGAGGAAUAAGUUUAGACAUCUAGUGUACAUUCUGGUAUCUACAGUUAAUAACAAUAUAUUAUAUACUUGAACAGUUCUGGGAGUAGAUUGUAAGUAUUCUCACCACAAAAAAAGAUAAAUAUGUGAGGUAAAAUAUAUGUUAAUUAGCUUGAUUUAACCACUCCACAAUGUAUACUCAGAUCAAAAAUCAUGUUGCAUGCCAUAAAUGUGCAGAAUUUGUAUUUUUCAAUUAUCAAUCAAUAAGAAAAUGGAGCAGUGAAUGGCAGAAGAUUCAGCUGUGGCAACAUUUCCCCACCACCAUCCCCAGGCUUGGUUCCAUAUCAGAGUUACAAAAGUCAGUCCAUCUGCACUGACAGGGUGCUGGUAGUGUCCCCGGUCCCAAAGACAGUCAGGUAGAAACACUGCAUGCAAAGAUGCAGGAUCAGCCUCUUGGCCAAGUCCCACAGUUGAAUCACCAUCAAAGUAAAUGACCUCCUCCACCAUGGCCUCCUCAUUUAAAAACCUUGUUGUUGUUUGUUGUUUGUCUGUGCUAGAUGCAGCCGCUCUCUGUCCCCUGUCCCAAUGAACGUCUGUACUAGGCCCAAGCCUUGGAGUGACUUACCUGAAGAGUGACACCAUUUAUUUGGAAACUACUAUGAGGAAACUGAAGCCCAGAGAGGUGAAGUGAGGUGCCCAAGGCCACACAGCAAAUUAGAGGCACAGCUAGUACCAUAGCUCAAGUCUCCUGACUCCCAGUCCAGUGCUCCUCCCAUUACUCCACGGGUCCUGUCUCUAAGCUUCCUGACAAAUGCUAGAACGGAAGAAACCCAAGACAGCUGAAAACCAGAAGGCAUCUGAGGAGAAUGAGAUUACUCAGCCGGGUGGAUCCAGCGCCAAACCGGGCCUUCCCUGCCUGAACUUUGAAGCUGUUUUGUCUCCAGACCCAGCCCUCAUCCACUCAACACAUUCACUGACAAACUCUCACGCUCACACCGGGUCAUCUGAUUGUGACAUCAGUUGCAAGGGGAUGACCGAGCGCAUUCACAGCAUCAACCUUCACAACUUCAGCAAUUCCGUGCUCGAGACCCUCAACGAGCAGCGCAACCGUGGCCACUUCUGUGACGUGACGGUGCGCAUCCACGGGAGCAUGCUGCGCGCACACCGCUGCGUGCUGGCAGCUGGCAGUCCCUUCUUCCAGGACAAGCUGCUGCUGGGCUACAGUGACAUCGAGAUCCCUUCUGUGGUGUCAGUGCAGUCGGUGCAAAAGCUCAUUGACUUCAUGUACAGCGGCGUGCUGCGAGUCUCGCAGUCAGAAGCUCUUCAGAUACUCACAGCCGCCAGCAUCCUGCAGAUCAAAACAGUCAUAGAUGAGUGCACGCGCAUCGUGUCGCAGAACGUGGGUGAUGUGUUCCCAGGCAUCCAGGACUCAGGCCAGGACACGCCGAGGGGCACACCUGAGUCCGGCACGUCAGGUCAGAGUAGCGACACGGAAUCGGGUUACCUGCAGAGCCACCCACAACACAGUGUGGACAGAAUCUACUCUGCGCUCUACGCAUGCUCCAUGCAGAAUGGCAGUGGGGAGCGUUCUUUCUACAGCGGUGCAGUGGUCAGCCACCAUGAGACUGCACUUGGCCUGCCCCGCGACCACCACAUGGAAGACCCCAGCUGGAUCACACGCAUCCAUGAGCGCUCGCAGCAGAUGGAGCGCUACCUGUCCACUACCCCCGAGACCACACACUGCCGCAAGCAGCCCCGGCCAGUGCGCAUCCAGACACUGGUGGGCAACAUCCACAUCAAGCAGGAGAUGGAGGACGACUAUGACUACUAUGGACAGCAAAGGGUGCAGAUCCUGGAGCGCAAUGAAUCCGAGGAGUGCACCGAAGACACCGACCAGGCUGAAGGCACUGAGAGCGAGCCCAAAGGCGAAAGCUUCGACUCUGGAGUCAGCUCCUCCAUAGGCACGGAACCCGACUCGGUGGAACAGCAGUUUGGGGCAGGAGCAACACGAGAUGGCCAGGCGGAACCCACCCAACCUGAGCAGGCCACAGAAGCCCCAGCUGAGGGGGGCUCUCAGCCAAACCAGCUAGAAACAGGUGCCUCCUCUCCAGAGAGAAGCAACGAGGUAGAGAUGGACAACACAGUCAUCACUGUCAGCAACAGCUCAGAUAAGAGUGUCCUGCAACAGCCUUCAGUCAACACGUCCAUCGGGCAGCCAUUGCCAAGUACCCAGCUCUACUUACGCCAGACAGAAACCCUCACCAGCAACCUGAGGAUGCCUUUGACCUUGACCAGCAACACACAGGUCAUUGGCACAGCUGGCAACACCUACCUGCCAGCCCUCUUCACUACCCAGCCUGCGGGCAGCGGCCCCAAACCUUUCCUCUUCAGCCUGCCACAGCCCCUGGCAGGCCAGCAGACCCAGUUUGUGACAGUGUCCCAGCCUGGCCUGUCCACCUUUACUGCACAGCUGCCAGCGCCACAGCCCCUGGCCUCAUCCGCAGGCCACAGCACAGCCAGUGGGCAAGGCGAAAAAAAGCCUUAUGAGUGCACUCUCUGCAACAAGACUUUCACCGCCAAACAGAACUACGUCAAGCACAUGUUCGUACACACAGGUGAGAAGCCCCACCAAUGCAGCAUCUGUUGGCGCUCCUUCUCCUUAAAGGAUUACCUUAUCAAGCACAUGGUGACACACACAGGAGUGAGGGCAUACCAGUGUAGCAUCUGCAACAAGCGCUUCACCCAGAAGAGCUCCCUCAAUGUGCACAUGCGUCUCCACCGGGGGGAGAAGUCCUAUGAGUGCUACAUCUGCAAAAAGAAGUUCUCCCACAAGACCCUUCUGGAGCGACACGUGGCCCUGCACAGUGCCAGCAACGGGACCCCUCCCGCAGGCACACCCCCAGGUGCCCGCGCUGGCCCCCCGGGUGUGGUGGCCUGCACGGAGGGGACCACUUACGUCUGUUCCGUCUGCCCAGCAAAGUUUGACCAAAUCGAGCAGUUCAACGACCAUAUGAGGAUGCAUGUGUCUGACGGAUAAGUAGUAUUUUUCUCUCUUUCCUAUGAACAAAACCGACAACAACAAAAAAGAAAUAAACAAACAAAACAAGCUAUGGCACUAGAAUUUAAGAAAUGUUUUGGUUUCGUUUUUACUUUCUGUUUUUGUUUUUGUUUUGUUUCAUUUUGUACUACAUGAAGAACUGUUUUUUGCCUGCUGGUACAUAACAUUUCCGGAGGCUCGGGUGAAUAAUAGUUUUCCCGGUCCCCCUCGGAUGGUGGCCUUAAGGCCUGGUAGUGCUUCAGGAGGUCCACUGGUUGGAUCUCUAGCUACUGGCCUCUAAAUACAACCCUUCUUUACAAAAAAAAAAAAUCUUUUAAAAAAAAAAAGUAAAAAAAAAAAAUUUUUUUUUUCACUUGUGAAGAGCACUACAAAAUAUAUAACAAAAUCUAAAAGGCCUACUGUCUUUAAGUACACCGCUUGCAGUGUUUCAGUGGACAUUUUCACAAUUCUGGCCGCUUGGACUUCACAGUAACCAGUUAAAACUGUGGAUUAUCACUUCUGGUUGAAAACCCAGAGGAAAGGCCCUGCUGUUUUCCACCUACCAUGAUGUCUGAUUUCAUAAAAGGGCUGUGGGGUGGGAGGUGGCUGUGGGUGCAGAGGUGUGGGAAAGAAAGUGGCAUGGCAGGCUUCUCCCCGCCCCCGAUUCUGCCAAUCCAACACACCCUGGCCCACCUCCUCCACUUCCCCCUCCCCCUUUCAACAGAAGCCAGGAAGACUUGGACAAGCAACAAGCAACAGUGGCUAUCGUAUUUAUUCAGUGUCUUCGCUGAGCCACAGCCUCAGCACAAUCAAGAGGGACUUUCAUGAAAGGCAGGAAUGCAGAUAAAACAAAGAUAUAAGAGAUUUGCACCUAUGUUUCUAGGUACAAGAGAAGGAUUAUUUCCAACAAUCUUUGCAAAAAAAAAAAAAGUGUGAGGAUAUAUUCUUGUGGAAGAGAAAAAGAAAGAGAAUGGAGGGAGGGGGGAACAAUAAAAAGUUCUUGAGGCUUUUUUAAUUCAAAAUUUUAUAGAGGGGCAAAAGUGACGUUUACCAGAUAGAAUGCUGAUUUUUUUAAUAUAUUUACAACAGUAUUUGUGUAAAAAAAAACAAAAAAAGUGAGAUUGUUAAAAGUAAUUUUUUUUUAAUUUUGGUUUUGCAUACACUGCCACCAAUCCCUUCUCUUUUAUUUCACACACAUAUAUAUUUUUUGGUAAGUCAAGACUGUUAAGGUUAGCGAUACUGCUUCCAGAUAGAAAGAAUAAAAGGCAACUAAAGCUAUAUUUGAAAGAGAGGAAGGUUAUUUUCUUCAUUUUUUAAAAAUUUUUCUUAAUUUUUAUUAUUUUAAGUAUUGCCUGGGUUGAUGAGGGCCCCCGUGGCCCCGCCCAUCCCUGCUGUAAUUUGAACUGCUGCUUUGUAUUUUGAUACGUAGUUCUUUGAGUUUUAGCAAGCUUAAGUUGCUCCACUGAAUAUUUGUUUCACUGAUCCAUCUAGAAGUCUGUUCUUUUAAAUGAGAGGGACUUUAUCUUUCAGAAACAGACUUCUUGCUUCUCCAAAAUUUCAUUGAGCUCUUAGGAUUCUAGAAUUUCUAUUGACUUUGCUUUUUUUCUUUGAUGAAACACUAGUGGUAUAGAGACCUUGACAAAUGAGUUGGAUUCUUCUGUGGUCAGCCAGGGGGAGGAGUCACCCUUCCUCACCCUUGGCAACUCUGCAAGCAUCCUUAAGAGAAGCCUGUUACGAACCAUGAUGCGUUGAUGCCAAAAUUACUUUCUUCCUUUCAAAUAUCACCUUCUGACUCUUUCCACCAUGGCUAAGAGGGCUAAAUAAGAUGUUCAUUCAUUAGAUGAUUAUUAAUCCUUGCUUUUUGGAAAGGUCUUAGGGAAAUAUACAAUUUCCCUGAUGCCAAUAUCCACCAUUCAAAAGGCCACCAAUCUGUUGCAUCAUCCCAGAGGCCAGUCUCUCUUCCUAGUUGGGAUUUCUCUCCUCGGUCCUGAUCAGGAAAUCAUAAUAGAAAUUUUUUCCAUUAUACACAGUGUCCUGAAGGGAUUCCAGCUCAAAAAUAGGACUUUUUAAACUUAACUAAUCCUUCGAAAGUAAUUUUAUUACUAAGCAUGUUUUAAUACACUUCAAAAAAAAUCUUUAAACAAAGGAGAAACACCAUACUACAAUUUUUUUACAAAGAAAAAGAAAAAAGAGGAUAUUUUAGUUUCAAAGUCACUCUACAUUUUAAUUUAAUUUUCCUUCUAGUUUUCCUGUUAGAGUUUUAUUUACAAAAACCAUGCCACAAAUGAGGGAAAAUCUUCCAAGGCAAGCAACUCUAUAAUGACUAAAUUGGUUUUAUUCAUAUAUUUUAGAUGUUUGGUUAACUUGGCUCUUUUCCAGGAGUUCUUUGUGAUGUUUAGUAGUUUGUGUAACUGCAGUAUGUGUGAGUUUGAUUUGGUCCUAUGGUGCUUUAUUUGGUAGAUAUUUUGCUAGAAGUUUUAAUGUAGACUUGGGUAGUUAACUACUGAGGAUCACCUAUUGCAAUUUCUAAGAGAAGUCCUACCAAGCGCUGUGUGACUUGCUAUAAAGUCAGCUUCAGAAAUACAAAAAGUCCAUUUUUCUAUUUCUAAUUUUGCUGUUGAAAAAAAAUCAGUGUUGAUUUAGUAUUUCCACUUACCACCAACAGAGGGAGCAUUAAUUAACUAGGUUAUGGAAUUGUUAUAUUUUGAAAAACAAGCCGUUCAUCCCAUAAAAUAAAAAGGAUUAGAAUUGAGAAAUUUUUUUAACCUGGAGGAAAAUUGCAUGAAAUAAUCAGUACAAAUAAAAGAGGGUCAAAAGCAACUUUAAAGUUUUUUCAACUAUUUGAAAAUAGACAUUUAAAUAAUCACUUAAACCUUAGCAAAGUAGGCAGAAUUCAUAAUAUCUCCAAAAAAGCUGAUCUUGAGUGCCAUUCUAGCCACAAAUGUCUAGAAGCUGUCUGCUUCUCAAAUUUGAGAGACCCAUUUGCCGUCAUGCUGAUUUAUCUGUAAAAGCUAAGCAACUGGGUUAAAGUCCACAUUUUAUUACAGAACACGUAGAGAAAAAAACUGCAGGUGACUUGAAACCCUGAUGUUCAUCCUCUUCAUGUAAAGGAAAUUUCUCUUUUUUAAAAGGAAAAAAAAAAUUGGUAGUCCCUAAAGAAUUCAUGGUGAGGUAAUAAUACAUUGUAGUCCAUGACAAAAUGUACUACCCUGCUUUGCAUGGCAGUAGAUUUGUUCCUGCUGUACAUCUUUCUCUCCCAAACAUCUCAAAAGUUAACAUAGUUGACAAACUGUUCUCUGGAAACAGGAAGAAGCUAGAUUGGCUUGGGAGCUCUAAUUUGGGGGAGUUUGCAAAGGGCCUAUUGUGGGGCUACUGAUGUAUGUCUGGCUCUGAAGGUCUGCUUUCCAAACCUAUGUUUUUAAAAAUAACCAGUCUGUACCUAUUUCAAAAGGACACAGACGCUUCCAGGUUGCCAGCCCUCCAUCACAAUUCAGCAAUCACAAAUUUCUUUAAAAUUUGGGAAACAUAUCUUGCCUCAAGAUCAAAGAAUCAGUAUGGAUUCUUCUCAUUUUUGGUUUCAAAUCCUAUGGUUUUCUUACAUUUAGAACUUCAUGCUAGGAUGCUAUCAGUGCUUUAAAAAUUCUUUUUAGUAGCCAGAAAAAAACUAGAUAAGAUGGGAGCAAAUGUUCCAGAUUUAAGACCUCUUAAAUGAAUACAGGGAGCAAGAACUGCUAUGGAAAAUAACAUUUUCUUUUAGCAUCUAUGAUUUUAAAAGGAAUAUAUUAAACAAGAGAAAAGAAAAAAGUCAAAGGGUAAUGUUUAUCUCAAGAUAUUUUGACAGUAUAUAAAAAAUAAAAUUUCCUAGUUCUAAAAACAUUGGUAGUAUCUUAGCAUAGUAGGCAAUUUUUUUCCCUACUAAAUUCCAAUGUUUGUGCAAAAAAGAUCCCCUAAAUGUGUAAAAUAUAACACUUAAGAAGACAGAAAUCAUAAUUCACUGAUCUGAUACAGCUCUAUAACAAGAAAAGAUUGAGAAACAAGCCAGAGCCCCCCAAAAAAUUCUGAAAUGAAAAUCUCUCUCAAAAUAUUUUUGUGUGUAUUUUAAUUGAAUUGUACGCUUUCACUCCUUAUAACAAUUUUGUAGCCUUUUCCCUCCACAAUUUCCUAAUGUUUUGAAUCUGUUUGUGCCAUGAGUAAGUGUGGUGGAUAAUUCCCAAAUCAUAUUCCAACUGUAGGCCAUUCCUUCUUUGCAUCUUAGAAGUCACAGUAGGUCUUGGCCUUAGAAAGAUUUGGGUUUGCUUUGUUUAAAAGUUACAGAGGUUUUAUUUUUAACAUUUUUAAUAUUCUGUAAGGACUAAGAAACCUUUUCCAAACCAUGAACAGGAAGAAUGUGUCCAUUCUGAUAAUGAAAAAAGAAAAAGUUUCCUCUGGGUAGGUUUAUCUCAUUUUAAGAUCUGUAGUCUUGACCUACAUGUAUUCCCAUCAUGCAAUCAUACCAGCAGUAUGCAACCUGCUCAUGCUCCCAAAUCAGUAUUUCUCUCAGUACAGAAGUUAAAAAUGAAGUUCACCCCGUAUAACAUCACUCAGAUCCCCAGGAAAACAUAGUAAAGGCUCUUGUUGCUUCCUUGUUGGGGAUCCUCUGUAAUACUCCCAACUCCUGUUGCCCUUAGGAAUGGGGGAAAUGAGGUAGACCUGGCUGGGAUGCACAACAGAUAUGCCCAUCCCUGGGCCUUCCUCUGUUGUCAUUAAAGAAGUUAAUUAAUUAAUUUGGGCUGGGCACAGGGGAUAUAUGAUUCUGCAGAAAAGGUAUCAGAUGAUCCCAUCAGGCUGCCUCUGCUGUGGCCAGCAUGCUGUUGCAGCAAAGGGAACAAAAAUAAGGUGCAACACAAGAGCAGACACAACCUGAGAUGCCCUAGGGACUGAGAACAGGAGGAUACCCACUGACUCUUAAAAGAAAUCUUCUAAAAGAAUAAUUUAGUAAUGAGUUGAAGUCCAGGGUAAUGGAAGCUCUGGGGAAGAGAACAAAAGAAUAGUAAAAUGUAUUCAACACCCAACAAUGCUAAGCCAGAAAACAUCCAAUCGCAAAACUAGGAAGUUUGGCAAGAGGUAUUUAAAGAAAUCUCUGGGCUUUUCCAUGGGUAGGGUCGACAGACUUUCUUUUGAGUGAUUUCUGGCUCUGAGAAACCUCUUUACACACUAGAAAAGAACUUUAUUUAAACAGCCAGUUUUGUACCCCAGAAAAAGAAAUUUAAAAAGAAAAGAAAAAUAGGACACUAAAGACAGAACCAUGUGACCUGGUGACAAAGAAAGAGAAGGGUGCACUAGAAUUUCAAUAGAUCUCCUAACUCCAUAGAAAAAGCAAAACAACCCAAUGCCUGGGACUGCUGCAGUGAAUGAGGAAGAGGGCUUGAGCUUCAAACACUGGCUUUCUGCUGGACAUAACUUCUCAACUGAGACAUCCAUAACCUCUUUCUGCUCUCAGUGUUUUCAUGAAGAAAAGGGCUGUUCUCUUAGGUAUCCAGGAAAUCAAUAACACAGGGCAAACUUUCUGCCCUGGUACCCAGGGCAGAAAAUGGGCACAGAAGAGCUUUUGACCUUGAGAGAGAAUAUUUUUAUAUUCUGAAGGACUUCCUGUGUAAAGUUACCUUUUCUGAUACCAGUAAGCCUCUACAAGAACCAAGGCUCUUGUGACUCGUAUUUUGUAAACACACAUGUGGAAAUGACUAAUCCAAAGUAUCAAUUCUAGUAUUGGGAGUCAAGAUGAGCAGCUGAUCAAAAUUCCCCCAGAGAGCUUUCUAAAUCUCUGAAGAUUUUCUUUCCUUAAAUGUUGAAUCCAUAGCAGUCAGUUAUGUACAUUAGCAGAUCCCAGACAGUAGGGUUUGUUCCCAUUCUUUUUAGUGUAAAGAAGUAAAAAUGAAGACUGCAUAGCAUGAGUUUUUUUUUCAGAAACCGCCCCCCCACACACACACUGAAUGUGGGGUAAACAUGCCCUGGGUUGAAACAAGAAACAUCACCUUUCCACACCUCUGACUGAAAAUAACCUUUCACUCCAGUGGCUUCUUCAGGUCCCACCUAUUUUUCCAUAGACUGAAUACUUUCAGACUGAAAUCUAAUCUGAAGCAAUCUCAGUUAAAUUAUUUUCACAAGAAGUCACUUAGAGAAUUAAAUUAGAAAGCCCAGAGAGGAGGACAAAAAAAUAGAAAUUGGAAGGCUGUGGAGAUAUGUGAACAUUGCUUGCUUUUUUUCUAAUAGCUGUGUUACAAAUAAGCCCUAUUCAUGACUGAGGACCAUGGAAACAGUGACUUCUUGAGGAGGCACCAAACUGGUCUGGAACUGGCUGCUUCAGGAAGUGGCUGAUAUUUCCUAUCUACUCUGUUUCAUUGAUAGGUCUAGGCUGACUGUAAAAGAGACAUCCUACUACUAAUAGUGAAUCCCAUAAAACAUAAUCACAGGUACCUGAGGUGUCAGUUUCAAAUAUCCCUUUAAAGGGAAAACAAUCCCAACAGAAAACUUUCUUUUCCUAGAUAGUGUAUAGUGUAUAUCUCCAAAUUUUUUUUCUCAGUUUUGGAGUACAUCUGGUUUAUCCAGUGGUUCUUUGUUUAAAUAAAAAAUUGGAAUUUUCAAGUCUAGUGAAGGAGCACAGUUGGCAGGUCAUAGACACAAUCUACUCAAUGGCAGUCCCAUUUGGGGCAUGUUUAAUUAGCCUUCUUUAAAAUUCAGAGGUUUCUUGAUUCAGACGCUCAUGAGAUUCUGAUAACACCCAAGGCAGAGAGGAAAAACUAACCCCAUAGGAGACAUCUAUUCCCAUGACUGUUACCACAGUUGAGAUUGCCCAGCAACAUUUUUACCUUGUAAAUAAAGGGUCUUAGCUCAUCCAGUAUGUCAGAGCUUCCAUACAGAAUGUCUGUAUAUGAGUGUGAAGCGCUGUUAGUCCAAAACUGUCCUACAAUCUCAUUCUCUAGUGACAAUGUGAUCAAUUUUGGAAUAUCUAGUUAGAAGUCAAAGAGCUGACGUAUCUCACAUACUGCUUCUCCUGUGUUGCCUUAGUCAGGUGCCUCUGUGUCUGUGAUGAGGCUUUUGGGCAUCCUGAAGGAGCUCAACCAUCAGUAAUUUCUGUGUAUCCCUUUGAUGAGAAACUUGAACAAAUACUACACUUUUAUUGGAUUUACUGGUAUGUGUAUGCAUGUUUGUGUGUAUAUUUAUUGUUGUCUGUGUAUAUGCCUGUGUGUGCCUCUGGAAUGAAGCACACACAGGCAAAGGUCUUGUGUGCAGGUACAGUUGCCUCUUCCCACCAUUGUGCUCAGACUUGUGGCUCCCUUCCCAGGAAGCAGUCACCUGCCCACUCUGUUGCUUUUUGUAGUGUUUCAGAAUUGGAAGAAACAAAGGCAGCUUGUUGGCUCUACAGCAAACCCACAGGACAGGCUGUUUUCCUCAAGAAGAAGAUGGAGCACAAGUGCCCAAUUGGGGAGCAGACCAGAGGGAGCAGUGACCCAGGACACCUUACCAGGUCUCCUGGAGGAGGGGCAUCAAGGCCAGGCACAUGAGGCCCAUUCAUGCCAAGGCCAAACAGGGCUCAAAGGCCUCCGUUCCUUUCCUCUCUGAAAUCCUGUGUGUGCACACACAGAAACCCACGUGUGAGUUUUACUCCCAGAAUAAAGCUUCCCCAUGCUGCCUGCUCCUGCAGGACGCCACCAUCAUUCAUGAACUGUGACUCCUGAAACCAGUGUGGCCUUUGCCCAAGUCUUUCCAGGAGUGAAUUGUUUACCAUGUCUAGCAAACCAAUAGACUAUCAGGGGAAUAAUUUGGGGAGAAUCUCUAAGAAUUGCUGGCUCUUGCUCAUGCCAGACAUUAAAGUAGAAUACCACUCUGGUGUAAUAUACUGAAUAAAUGGGCCUAGCUCUCAGAGCUGCCUCUGAUGGCUUGGUGGCCUGGCAACAGUCAGAUUCAGUUUUCUCACUUCUAUGCCCUUCUUUUACAACAUGGUUUCUUAUUUUUUAUGAUGUGUAGAUUAUUUCUGCUUUACAGAAUUCAGAGGACAUUUUCUUUCCUCUUCUAUUUUGGUGAUUUUUCUCCUCCCAUUAAGUAAGGCUACUUACAGUUGCAACUUUUUUGUUAUUACAUUUUUAAAUGUACAUUGUCUUUCUAUAUCCAAAAGAAGUCUGUGACUGUAACCAUAGGUAUUCUUUUUACUGGAAAAAUGAAUUUUGUUUUUUGUUUUUGUUUUUAAUUUUGAUUUUUUAAUUAAUAGUAAUAGUGACUUUGUGGAAGUCUAUGAGUUACUGUUUAGGUAGGCUUACUUACAUACAGUACACUACAUUGCAGUAUUUCUGAAACCUAGAACAUACACAUAAUAUAUAACAACUCUAUUGAAAUAUAUAUUACAUUAUAUUCAUUUUACCUUUCGAAUCUGCCUAUGAUCAUGAGAUGAUUGAAAUAUUAUUUCUUUGCAUAUAUCACCCAUCACCAACCUGCUGCAGUUAAUCGGGUGCGGUUGACAAUAAUCCUUACUGCUCUAGUUUGCUUUUUAUAUUAUCAGCUUCAGUAUUGUCUUUAAAGGAUUUUAGGAUUUUAUUUUAAGCUCAGACUUAGCAAAUGUAGGAAAGUGAGAACUUUUUUUAAGACUUUUUUUUUUUUUUUUUUUGGUGUGGCUAAUACAAAGAGAUUCGUAUUCAAAGUGAUCUUGUUUAGCUGGCCCUUUCAAUAUCUGAAGAACAAAAGAAGUGCAUAUGAAUGUAUCUGUGAUUUCUCCUUUUAGGACUGUCAUUGUCUAUAUUUGCUUUUAAAAAUAUGACCAAGGGGCUACUCAGUCUGCACAUGGUUAUAAGCUGCAUUUCAAAGGGCUGCUCUGGUGAGAGCAUUAGACAGUGAAAUGCCUACUUGUCCCAACUGGAUUUUCAAACAUUGAUUUUAAAUACUGGUUCUUAUUCACUACUUUCUGUUUUCAAUAUGCUUACAAUUAAUUUAACUAGUCUUCAACAUUUCCCUAAAGGCAGUUUGGCAAUAUAGUGUUCAUUUUCCCAGGGGAUUUGUUUUUAAACUAAAAGCAGACUUAACGAACUUUUUAUUGACAGAGACUAGUAAAAAUAGACCUCAGCAAUACAUAUCACAUUUUUCAGUCUGCAGAAUCCACAAAAUGGUGGCUCUUGGGGAUCUGGUUCUUGGUAUCUCCACUUGCCUGUUAAAAGUGGAAAUUCAGUGCCUUUCUUCUUUAGCCAGCCUACCAUGGGAACUUUCAGAAACCAGACAGCCUGUCUUCCUGUACAAGAAAUACUUUCAGAGAGUAUUUUCAGAUAGGAGUUUCCUCAGCCUCCUUCAGUUGUUCAGCCCAAUGCUGAACAUCAGAGUUGUAUCAACCCUUCAUCUACCCUGAGUUUCCACAACCAGUCUCUCCCUCCAUUCUAUAUUCAGGACAACAUGAAAACAGCUUUUUAUGAAAUCUAGUGGAAAAGACUUAGAUCAAUACUAAGACUUCUUAGCAUGAUUACACUAAUUCCUUCUUCCAUCUUUCCAACCCCAUCCCAUUCUGCUGUGCCUGUCUAGCCGUUCUCUGCCCCCAUCCACACAGGUUCCCCUCAACAUACUCUAAUUGUGAAGCCUGGUACUCAUUAAGGAACAGCCUCUUCUUAGCCUCCUUUGAACGGGCCAAUAUUGAGUCUGGUAAUCAGAUUACCAAUGUGUUCUCCAUUUUCAACUAGAUACAUGUCUAUUAAACAAACAUAAUUAUGAACUAAAUAUUGGUGAGGCUACUCCUUCCCCAGUGAUCACAUACUAUCUAAAUUGUAUCAACUCCAUUAUUUUCCUCUUUCUUUUUCCCUACCUGUUCUCUUUAGUUCUCACUUCUUUUAAGACUACUUUGAAUUACACAGUUGUCUCAUUCCUGCCCCUCCAACUCUAAUAUUACAUUAUAACCCCUGACUGUUCGUUUCUCCUCCUUCCUCUCAUCCCUUCUUAAUGUCCUUCUUUAAAUUAAAACUUCAUAAACUUGAGACUUGAAGGCACAAAGAAACAUGUCUUCAUUUUAGCUUCAGAUUUUAAAAGUUGUCAAUAUUCUUUUGAGAGUGGGAGGACCUGAGUCACAUUUUUAAAUGUCAACUACACUAGCUGAGAUCAUUAAUUCCCCUCACCUUCACAUUUGGCCAAAGAUAAAGAGAAAAGUAUUUUCUGUGGUUUUU